GAUGGGUUCAGAGGAGUGGAGUCUGUGGCAGAGUGAGUUCAGAGGGCAGAUCAGGGCCUUGCGACACUGGCUCAAGGCCAUGGAGAUGAGACUGCCUCCAUUGGAUCCUGCUGUAGUUUAGGCGACGGCUGUAUGUAUGACAAAGGGACCCGAUUAACCUUUGGGUUGAAGAAUCAUGGGUAACCUCAUUAGCAGACCUAGCUGUUUGGGACAAAAGUCCAAACAUGUUAAGUCAGAUGAGAGCGUCUUGAAAGAGUGCUACCAGCAACGGACAGAAUGGCCGCUCCCAGAGCCUCCUAGAGAAGAGAAAAGGAAAGAGGAUGUGGAAGAUGUUCUCCGACAAACUCCAACACCGGACAAGCAGAGGAGUUCCCCAGCCCCUACUGUCACCACUACCAGCACUCUGGACAAUGCUUGGAGAAGCACCCCAUCCCCAGUUAAAACACCACGGAAUGGGUCUUUGCCCAGAAGGUCUAACGUUCCAGAGUACAGAAGAUCCCCCCUUAGUCAAUAUGGAUCCAUGGACAGAAGAGCCAGCCUGCAGAGAAGGGAUUCUGGAAGUCCCUGGUCCUGGAAGCCUCUGAACACUCGAGAGGUUACCGAAGUCACAGAGGUGACAGAGACUAUUGUGACAGAGAUUGUGGAGGUGACAGAGUAUCCUCCUGGGGGGAAAGGAGGUGACCCUAUUGUCACCAGAACUGUUAGAGUCCUUACUGGAGCUGCUGAGGAACUUGCAGAGCUGCAGAGUGAUGGUCAGUCAAGCUCAGACCAGGAAUCAAGUGUAAAUCAAUGGAAGGAUGGCAGAAGUGCUUUGGCUCUGAACGAUGAGUUCAGGGAUCCGUUGACAUUCCAGCAAAAUCUGGAAAUACUGAUGACUUGGGUCUGUGAUAUUGAGGAGUUGACAGCCAAUCAAAAACCACCAUCCUCAGAGUUCAAGGUAGUGAAAGCCCAACUGCAAGAACAGAAGCUCUUACAGCGCCUCCUAGAGGACAGAAGACCCAGUAUAGAGACCAUGAUACAGGAGGGUCCACACCUGGCAGAAGGGCUUCAGGGAAAUGACAGUGAAACGACCAAAGUGCAGCUCUCACAGCUCAAACUCAAGUGGGAGGCUCUACUUGAAGGCGCAAACAGCAGAUACAGGAUUCUGGAGGUCAUUCUGCCAAGGGCUCAGCUAUUCCAGGAGAGGACAGACAGACUUCAGCAAUGGCUCAUAUCUGUGGAUCAGGACUUAGCCGAGCUCCGCUCUGCCGAGAGAGGGAUGCUCCAUCUGCAAGAAGCCACAGGACAGGCCAAGUCAGUCAUGGAAGAAAUCAAAUCUAAGAGUGUCGACCUGGGGAAACUUCAACAAUGUGCUCAUGAGCUCAUGGAAACGAUUUCAGAGGAGGAAACCCAGCUGGUGCAGGAGCGGGUAGACAGUCUGCGUAUCAGGUACUCAGUGAUGAGUCUGGGUAGUGCUGAUGUCCUGCAGAGGCUGGAGCAGGCUCUAGAGGCGUCUAGUCGAUGUACCUCCAGUCAGGAAGACCUCCACCUGUGGCUGGGUCGUAUUGAGAGAGAGCUGCUGGUUCCUGCUGCUCAGAGUCAGACUGGGGACGCAGUCUUGUGUUCUGCUGAGAGGCAGAAGUUGGAACAGGCUGUUGAGAAAGAGUUGGGUUGGUUUCGAGACACCUCACUGGCACUGGAGGAGCUCAGAGUCAUUCAUCUAGACCCAGACACCAUUGCAUCCCAUCUCAAUGAGCAGAAAAUACUUGCUGUAGGGAUUCUGCAGCAUAAGUUUAACAUUGAGAAAAUGGUGAAGAUUUUGGAACUCCUGCAGACAUACACUGAGGAAGGGGAGACACCGAGACUCCAGUCAUCCCUAGGCACCUUACAGGAGCAGUGUCAGGUUACCACUGCCACUAAUUCCCACGUUGUGCUUCAACUGGAGCAUGCUCAGUCGCUCUUGUGUCAGUUCUCAGAAGGCUAUGCUGAGGUGUUACCAUGGUUACAAGAAACCAAAGCCCUUAUUGGCCAGUUUACCCUGAACACCAUUAGCUACGAGGCUUUCCGAGAACAACAGGACCUCUUGCAGGGCAUCAGAGAGUCCAUAGCAGAGCAUAAGCCACUGAUAGCACGGCUGAUCAUGCUAGCCCACCGUCUAUCUGACCUGAAUACAGCUCAGGGACAGGAGUUCUGCCAGAAAGCCAGAGACACUGAAGAACAGCAUCUGUCCAUCAGAGACAGGGUUCGAGAAGCUGCUGGAGUUCUGGAGGAGUCUCUACCCCGCUAUACACAGCUGAAUGAGAGGAUGACUCUGAUUGGAGAGAGACUGGAGCGUCUGUGUAGUCAUCUGCACGCCUCAAUUGCUCUUCAAGGCCUCACCCCACGAAUUCAGGAGCAGCUACAGGACAACAAGCACACACUGUCUGAGCUCUCCAAAUUGGAUCUGGACCUCACCAGUGUGAGGACACAGGCUCAGGAGCUCCUGACCAACACAGGGGCUGUUGGGGACAGUUCAAUUUGCACAGCUAUUCAAGAGCGGGUUUGCAGUCUAACAAGCCACUGGGAGGAGGCUCAAAGACAAGCUCAAGAGAAAGAAAAGUUGCUUCUCAACCUCCUUGAUCUGGCAGUCAGGUUCUGGAAUGAUGUGAGUGACAUGACAGCUGGACUGAAUGAUGCACAACAAGCUGUUCUGGACCUCAAUUCCAGUCGAUCAGAUUCAGAAACCAUCCGACAGAGCCUGGAGACCAUGCAGACUCUCAGGGAAGACAUUGAUUCUCUACAAGGUGACCUGGACACACUAGGAAUUCUGGGAAUGGAUCUCAUGUCAGCCUGUGGUGACACAGACAAACCAGAGGUCACCAAAUGCUUGGAUGAGCUUUACGGCACAUGGAACAAUCUCAGUAAGAUUUGGACAGGGUGCAACAGUAAGUUAGAAGAAUGUUUACGAAUGGCUCUCCAUUAUCAAGACAGCAUGCAGGGACUCUUUGAGUGGCUGAAGUCUGUGGAGUUAAAGUCCACUAAGGAGUUCUCAGUGGGAUCUGACCUGGGAUCAGUUAAAGAGCAGCUAUGUGACCUAAAGGAAUUUAAGCGGGAGCUCUAUCAGAAGAAGAUUGAGAUAGAGAGUCUAAACCAUCGCUUUGUGUGUCGUCUUUCCCCGGGUACUGAGAGGCCUGGGUCCAUCUCUCCACUGUGCGACUUCCGUCAGCGGUGGGACAACUUGGAGUCAGUGACUGUUAGCAGACAGCACCAGUUGGAGUGUGCACUGCUGGGCUUGGGUCAGUUCCAGAACACUCUUGAUGAGUUGCACUCCUGGCUCUCCCACACGGCUGACCUCCUGCAGGCCUCUCAGCCAAUCAGCAUUGACCUGCAGACCUGUGAGAUAGAGCUAGCCAAACACAAGGUUCUGCGGAAUGAUGUGAUGUCCCAUGUGCGCACGGUAGACUCUCUGAACCAGGCCGGCAGAAACCUGAUGGAGUCUGGGGCGGGAGACAGUUCACAUGUCCUGCAGACUCGUCUGGAACAGCUGAAUGAAAGCUGGGAAUUUGUCCGCUGCGAGACAGAGCGCAGACAGCUAGAGCUGGAAAAUAACCUCAGUCAGGUUCAAGAUGUAACCAUGGAGAUCCAAGAUCUCCUGCAGUGGCUGGAACACACAGACCUGAGGCUGUCGUCCAGUAAAACAGUGUGGGGUAUGCCAGACUCUGCCAGCGAGAGACUAAACACUCAUUUGGAGUCGUGUAAUGAGAUGGAUUCUAAAAUGCACGCCUACACAAACGUUCGCAACGCCAUCCACAGGAUGCUGGAGGGCAGUGAGGUAGCCCGGGGCUCCAGCACGGAGCAUAGCUUAUGCAUACUGGAGCAGAAAUGGAGCACUGUCUACGCUAAAAUGCUAGAAAGAAAGGCGAAGUUAACAGAGGGACUUGGUCUUGCAAAGGAGUUUAACAGUAAUGUCCAAGACCUGCUGACCAAAAUGGGCAAAUGUGAGGAGACCAUAAACACUCUACCUGCGCCCAGCUUCAUCCUGGACACCAUCUCCUCACAGCUUCAGGAGCACAGGAUGCUGAUAGGUGAGGUGCAGUCUUAUGGAGAGAGGAAGACGAGCGUGGAGAACGCUGCCACACGUCUGUCUGAGCUCAGCAGGAAGGAAGACUGCGAUGUUGUGCAGAACCUGAUCAUGACCGUUCAGGACAGAUUCAAGAAACUCCUCCAACACACUACAGAGAGGGGAAAAACGCUUGAGGACGUCAAAAGGCAUGCUAAACAGUUCAAUGAAUCAUGGCACUUACUGGUGGACUGGAUGACGGAGGUUGAACAGACACUGGAUACACACAAAGAGAUCGCUGUGUCACAGGAAGAGAUCAAACAACAGCUUACUGAACAAAAGGAGUUCCAGAAGCUUCUCCGCUUGAAGCGGCCCAUGUAUGAGGCUUGUCUGAAGAGUGGCCGCUCACUCCAGGAGAAAGCGCAGGGCCCAGAAGACACACAGCACCUGGAGAACAUGGUGUCCGAGCUCAGAGAUUCAUGGGACACCAUCAGCGGGAAAUCCAGUGAGAGGCAACACAAGCUGGAAGAGGCUCUGCUGUUUUCCGGGAGAUUCACUGACGCUCUCCAGGCUCUCAAUGACUGGCUGUACAGGGCAGAGCCACAGCUGGCUGAAGAUGUGCCUGUCUGUGGUGAAAAAGACCUGGUCAACAAUCUGAUUGACAAGCACAAGGUGUUCCAGCGCGAGCUCGGGAAGCGUGCCAGCUGUAUCCGGACACUGAAGCGUUCGGUCAGGGAUCUGACACGGAGCAGCAUGGCUGAUGCCCACUGGUUGCAGGAGCAGAUGGAGGAGCUGGAGGGCCGCUGGGAGGACGUGUGCGAACUCUCGGUGUCCAGACAGGCUAGACUAGAGGCGGCCCUUCAGCAGGCGGAAGAGUUUGAUGUGAUGGUUCAUUCGUUCCUGGAUCAUCUUUCAGAUGUUGAGAGGGUCCUGAAGUACGGAGUGCUGCCUGAGGAAGAGGAGGCUCUUCUGGCAUUUCGUACAUGUCAUCAGGAGUCAAUGAGUUCCCUGAACGAUCAGCAGAUGGAGCUAGAGAACAUUCGCAAACUGGGUGAAGAGAUUCUGUCCUCCUGUCACCCUGACUCUGUCAUCACCAUCAAGUCAUGGAUCAGUAUCACAAAGACUCGCUAUGAGGAGGUCCAGAUGUGGGCGAAGCAGCAGGCCGAGAGGAUCCAGACCACACUGUCUGCUCUAGAGGCAGAGAGAGAGGAGGUACAGCGGUUACUGGACUGGAUCUCUUCCACUGAAGAGUCUCUCAGUCUAAAGGAACAGGAGCCAUUGCCUGAAGACUUAGAGAUCACCGCAGAGCUCAUCACCCAGCAUGCGGAUUUUAUGGAUGAGAUGAAAGGGAAGGUACCAGAAGUUGAAAAUGCCACAAAAUCCUGUAAACACAAGCUGGUUCCCAAGCAGCAGGCUUCCCCCAGUCGCAAGGCACCAACAAAGAGAAGAGGCAUGGCAAAGCCUACGCUAUCAGUGCCUCUACCGCUGGAUAAACUGGACCCUCAAACCCCCAUGAUGUGUCAGCUGGUGAGUCAUUGGCAGAAGCUCUGGCUCUUGGCACACGGCAGGCAGAGUAGACUAGAGGAACAUCUUCAGAGGCUAAAAGAGUUGGAGGAGUUUGCUAAUUUUGACUUCAACAUCUGGCGGAAAAGAUACAUGCAGUGGAUAAGUCACCUCAAAUCCCGGAUUUUGGAUGUUUUUCGUAGCAUUGAUCGAGAUCAGGAUGGCCGAAUAACUCACAAGGAGUUAAUCGACAAUGUUCUGGCCUCUAAAUUUCCCACCAACUCCCUGGAAAUGACGGCUGUUGCUAACAUAUUUGAUGUAAACGGUGAUGGAUUCAUUGACUACUAUGAAUUUGUGAGUGCCCUCCACCCAAGCCGAGACCCUUACAGAAAAGCAAUAGAUGUAGACCAAAUCAAUGAGGAGGUGAGUCGUCAGGUCUCUCAGUGCAACUGUCCAAAGAGAUUUCAAGUCGAGCAAAUUAGCGCAAACCGCUAUAGGUUUGGAGACUCUCAGCAGUUGCGGAUGGUUCGUAUUCUCCGAAGCAGUCUGAUGGUUCGAGUUGGUGGUGGAUGGACGGCAUUAGAUGAGUUUCUGGUGAAGAAUGACCCUUGUAGAGUAAAGGGACGUACAAACCUGAAGAUCAAGGAGAAGUAUCUCUCUCCGGACGCGUUCGAGGCAUCGGGUCGCAGAGGGAGUGCUAAAGGCCUGACUGUCAGCAGAUCCAACUCCAGCCUGAGUUUAUACAGCAGCGCUUCAGCUCCCAGCAGCCCACUGACACGCAAGGCAUUGCUACGCAGAAGUUUCUCUGGUGAGAGGUGUAUUCGACCCAGGAGCUCUAUUGCUGCACUGGGGAGCGACCAUUUCUGUGCCGACAUUGACUCACCUUCACAUUCAGAAGAGGCAGAAAGACCGCCGACAUGACCACAUCGUGUCCCAUACCAUGAGAUCAACCACAGACAGACAGGCAGGCGUUCCUUGCUGGUCUGAACCCCAGGAUGGACAGAAAAGCACCCCAGCAGGCCUCAGAUCAGUGAACACAUGAAGACAGUUUGCUCAUCACAUGAGCUCCUCUGCACUAGUGCUCU